GUGUUUCCAUCUUGCCAGUGAAUUGAAUUAAGCUCCUCCGGAAAAAGGUGAAAAAAAAAUGCCUCUGAGAUGGCCUGAAUCGCCUUGAGAGUCUUAUGAAUACAAACUAGAUAAUUGCUGGCAAACUAUUGAUAACAAUGACGCAAGACAUAGUACCGAGUAAAUGCCCAGAAAACGCUGGCGAGUAGUGAAACAUGACACGGCGCGUGUGAAGUGGUCACGAUUUUCUGGGAAAUUCACGGUCGAUUUUGAAGGAAGUUUCUUUGCUGGAUUGGAAGAAAAAUUCCUUUUUUUUAACGAGGAUAGAACGCUGUGUGGGAGUGAGAAAAUCCUUUUUUCUCCACAUAUGCUGAGAUUGCUGAAACUCUGUGUGGGGGCAAUCACAUGCUGAAUGAGACUUUGUGCAUUUAAUGGCAAUCAUCGAGACCCUUGCUGGCCGAUGGCUACGGCGCUACAGAGUCUUCUUCCUCCUGGGACUCCUCAUUCUCUCACUGCAGGUCUUCCUGGCCUACAAAUCCCUCAAGCUACCUCUUUUCGGGGCACAAUCAUCAGGUGAUGAGCACUACGCGCAUCAUGUGGCAUCCGAGGGAAGAGCCCCGUCGUCUCAUCAGCACGGGGGGAAGGUAGCACGGCCAGGUGGUCAUGCAAGUGCCCAAACGGAUGAGGAGGAUGGGCACAAUAGCAAUUCCAAUCUCAUCUCAAAGCAUCCCGGCCCAAGGGAGGUGGUAGCUGGUGGUGUGAAGAAGCAACAGCAUAAGCUGCACCUGGAUGACCUCCCCUUCAGUCCACCGUGCUCAAUACACUCCCGUGAAGCCAUUUCUGCCAUAAAUCGCGCCCGGACGCCCGAUUGCAAGCAACAUAUCGCCAAUAUCAGCUGUGCCAUCCAAGAUGGGCAACUCUACAGCACCUGGCUCCCCAGCUCCUGUCCACGUGGUCAUCAUCUCCCCAAUCGUGCUCUUGGCUGUUUCCGCGAUGAGAAGAAGUACCGCAUCCUCUCUGGGUACUACACCAACUUCAAAGGCAACAACUCACCCGCAAGUUGCAUCAAGAUGUGCCUCCAAUCGGGCUUUGUCUACGCCGGUGUUCAAUAUUCCACUGAAUGCUUCUGUGGCAAUGAUGAACCACCCGCUGCUGCUAAACUCCCCGAUCCCAGUUGCAAUAUGAAGUGUCCCGGAGACGCCAGGGAGGCAUGCGGCGGCUAUUUCGCCGUGAACAUCUACGAAACGGGCAUACAGAAGUUUACAGCUCAGGUGGCGCAAUUAAUACCAAAGAAUGGGGUACCACGUGUCCGCAUUGCCUUCCUCCUCACCCUCAAUGGUCGCGCUCUGCGACAAGUUCAUCGACUCCUGAAAGCCCUCUACUCACCCCACAACUUCUUCUACAUUCACGUUGAUUCUCGCCAAGACUACCUCUUCCGAAACCUUUUACGCCUGGAAUCCAAAUACCCCAAUAUUCAGCUAACACGGCGUCGCUUUUCAACAAUUUGGGGUGGUGCAUCCCUCCUGCAGAUGCUCCUCUCAUCAAUGCGUGAACUCCUGACAUCCACGUGGCAAUGGGACUACGUGAUAAAUCUCAGUGAGAGUGACUUCCCCGUGAAGAGUGUGGAUAAACUCGUGGACUUCCUCACGGCCAAUCGUGGGAUGAACUUUGUUAAAUCCCACGGACGUGAAGUGCAGCGUUUCAUCCAGAAGCAGGGGCUGGAUAAGACAUUUGUCGAAUGUGAUACGCACAUGUGGCGCGUGGGGGAUCGUGAACUGCCGCAUGGGGUUCAAAUUGACGGUGGGAGUGAUUGGAUUGCCCUAAGUCGGGAUUUUGUUGCCUACGUCACGGAUGAGGAGGAGGAUGAGCUUCUUGGGGGACUCAUGACAAUCUUCCGGCACACCCUGCUGCCGGCUGAAUCCUUCUUCCACACCGUCCUGAGGAAUUCACAUUUCUGCCACACGUACAUUGAUAAUAAUCUUCAUGUGACCAAUUGGAAGCGCCGGUUGGGGUGCAAGUGUCAGUACAAGCAUGUGGUGGAUUGGUGUGGAUGCAGCCCGAAUGAUUUUAAACCCGACGACUGGCCACGAUUGCAGGCCACGGAAGCCAAGCAGUUGUUCUUUGCACGUAAAUUCGAACCAAUUGUCAAUCAAGCAAUAAUCGUUCAGCUCGAGGAAUGGCUAUUUGGACCCUACCCCGCUGAUACGAUUAAUCUCAAUCGCUACUGGCAGAGUGCUUAUCACUACCUCGACCGAAGUCCUCCGGCGGAUGAUGCUUUGCUCACUGUGGCAGCUAGUUUAACGCGAAUCAAUGCAAGGAAGCACGAAGGGAUCCUCCUGCCGGGGAAGGUGGUUGAUGUGUUGCUCUUUAUGGAAGACGAUGACUUCCGCGGGUUUAUUGUGCAACACGAAAUCUCCUGGAGUACCGAUGAUACGGAAUCCAGCCUCAUGGAGAUCCUCGUGAAACCCACACAAGCUGUUCAAACGACCAAAACAUCCCCGCUUUCGAGGAGAAUUCGAAAUCUCGAGGUGAGCUCGGAAUACGAUCAAAAGGAACAACUUGGACGCAACUACCCACGUGCAUUGGGCCCCAAUUCCGAUCCCGUUCUCAUCUUUCGCCUCACCCAAUCCACCACAGACAAUCACACAGCCGUCCUCAAUCUCACGGUUCUCUGGAUUGAUCCUACGGGCAAUAUUGGGGACAUUUCGGAGCUUCACAUUGACGACACGGGCGGUACUUUGGUUAACUUUGCCAAAGGAACCCUCCGGAAGCCCAUUAUGCCGGGCAUUUGGACCGUUAAGGUGCUGCUGAAGAAGACAACAGUGGCUGUUUGUCGUUUUCUCAUCACCCCGCUGCAAUACAGCGUUGGUGAAGUGAUUAGCACGGAGAGAGCACGAAAAAUCAACAGAGGAACCCCCAAUGAAGCCCUUCAUGCUACAAGUGAGUGGAUCUCACACGUCCUACCCAUGGAGGAACGCCUCCCGCUUGAGGAGAAACUCCAGGAGGAUUCAAAGAAAACCGGAAGGGAGCUUGAACAGUGGAUUGACAAUCUUGUGGGGCAAUUUUUCAUUAUCCGGGAAAUGUGUUCACAACACCCAAUACCCCAGCAACAUGUGGGGAGAUGUGAGGAUACAGCGUGGAGUUCUUUUGCUCCAGACCCAAAGAGUGAUGACAAUUUGCACGUGAGCAGCGUAAAGACGUGAAGAAAAUGUAGAAGUCAAGAUAGAGGCAAAUUUGUGAUAUUUUUAGCAACAUAUUGGGGACAUUUUGGCCCAAAUCAGGAGCUUUGCUGUUCUUCUUUCCUUUCAAGAUGAUAAAACUCUUUAACUUCCCCUUCCCGGGCAGGGGCAUUCAUCUCGAAUAUCAUGAGAAAAUGAUUUUUCUGCGCCUUCCCGGAGGGAGUUUUUUUCAUUAAAAUUUGUGGAUUUUUCUCCCUUCAUUAAGUGUUUGAAAGAAAAUCUCAAGAAAAACUUCUUUUCCAUCCCAAAAAGAAAAUUCUCUCUUUGGCGUUUUCCCUCUCAGAGAGGAAGCCACGGAGGCAAUUUGGGAUGACAAAUAAAUAUCAGAGAAAAAAAUAUCUUUAGAACUUUAAAACAAUUUAAAUCUUUUUCAAGACAUUGCUGUGCCAUCACGCAAUAAAUUUAUGGAUGUGAGAUCAGUAAAAAAGGAACUGAUCAUGAUGAAUUAAAUGCGUUAAAUCAUAUUGAAUUUUUCUCCUUGUAAAGUGUAUCAAAUAGAAAAUUACCUAAAUAUAUUUUUUUCUAUCAAAAA